AUCCGAUUGUGGGUUUCUUCUUUUGAAUUUUUUUGCGGUUUACUGUUUUGAUGAGACGUUUCACGUAACGUUGUGAUUACGUCGCUGGCAUCUUGGAUAGGACAAUGUCAAAAAUUCCCAAAGCUACCGGAGGACAGGUCCAUGCUGACGCAAAGAAAUCAGCCCCAAAAAAUGAAAUGAAGGACACAGCAACAGGAUCUGCUUCGGUUAAUUCUCUCCAAAAAGAUGGUGUCCUCAAACACAAAGAAAACAUACCGCGAAAAAAUGUUUUCCCGAAAGUUUACAAAGGGGUUUCCACAAGAUAUGAACUGCAGGCGGAACUAAAGGAGCAAAAUCGACAAUUGGCGGCUGCCAAAGAGCAAGUGGAGAAAAACCUCAUAGAAACACAGGCAAGAGUUUCCCAUUUGCAACAGCAGUUCAGUGACCUUGAAAAGGAGAAUUCUGAGGUGCAGAAAAACCUCAAGGACUGUCAGAUAAUCUUAGUAGCUGCAAAAAUAGACCCGAUUUCAGGAGAACUAAUUGGACAAUCUACACGACAGAAUGAAGAACAAAGAAAAGAAGCCAUGAGUGUCUCCACAGACCUGCUGAAUGAAUUAAAAGCUUUUGGCGACAUCGCAACUCAGCAGCGUUCUCGCCUGCAGGAAAUCCAGAAAACAAUGCUAGACCUGACUGAAGCACGGGAACAAAUGAUGCAAGAGAGACAGACUUUCACUCUGGAAGCUGCCGACUUGGAAACCGCUCUAAUGGAGGCGGAGGCUCUCUUAUUAUAAAUGUGUAAAGUAGUUUUGUUUAAAUGUAUGUGUGAGUAAAUAAUAUGGCUUUAAAAGUAUUUGUUAGUUAAUGUGAGUGCGUGCAUAAUGUCUUUAAAUGUUAUUCAGUCUUAAUAAAUAAUUGUCAUGUUUCUAA